CACACAAGCGAGGGAAGGAUGGAGGGCGAGCGGGGCGCGCCGCAGUCGCCGCGGCCGAUCUCCUCCCCUCCCCCUGGUGGUGGGGCGGCGACGGCAGCAGCCCCUGCGUUCGCCGAGUCGCCAGCGCCCCCCGCGGACUCGGCGCGGCCCCUUCUUCUGCCGUCCUCCCCGCAGCUGCUGGAGUUCGACGACGAUGAGGACCUGGAAGUAUUCAGCAAGGAUGUGUCGCUCAUGGAGGUGAACUCGUUCAGUCCUUUGAUGCCAACAUCUCCGUCUUCGAUGAUAAAUCAGUACAAAUUUGAGGACGAACCAGAAGGAAAGGAUCUUUUCAUAACAGUUGAUGAACCAGAAAGCUAUAUUACUGCCAUUGAGACAUUCAUCACCUACAGAAUUGUCACUAAGACAACCCGUGGUGAAUUUGACUCCAGUGAGUAUGAAGUUAGAAGACGCUAUCAGGACUUUCUUUGGUUGAAAGGAAGACUUGAAGAAGCCCAUCCAACACUUAUUAUUCCUCCAUUGCCUGAAAAAUUCAUAAUGAAAGGAGUUGUGGAACGAUUUAAUGAAGAAUUCAUUGAAACAAGAAGGAAAGCUCUGCAUAAGUUUUUAAACCGGAUUGCUGAUCAUCCUACUUUAACUUUUAAUGAGGACUUCAAAAUUUUUCUUACUGCACAAGCCUGGGAACUUUCAUCUCACAGGAAGCAGGGCCCUAGCUUACUUAGCAGAAUGGGACAAACAGUCAAGGCAGUGGCUUCAUCAAUACGAGGCAAUGCUGUGAAAAACCGCCCAGAAGUAUUUACAGAAAUGAGUGACUACGUGGACAUAUUUAACCAGAAAAUCACUCUGUUGGACAAAAUCUCCCACCGAGUUUACAAAGAAAAAAAAGACUAUUUUUAUGAAAUGAAGGAAUUUGGUCCAAUUCACACCCUGUGGUCUGUCUCAGAAGAAGAUCUGGGAGAUACGUUGAAAGGAAUGGCUACCUGCAUUGACCAGUGUUGCAAAGCUACUGAGAAAUGGAUGGCAGCACUGCCUGAAAGCUUCUUCCCUGUUAUACAUGAAUAUUUGCUUUACAGUGAAAUACUAAUGGGUGUUUUGAAAAGAAGAGACCAGAUCCAAGCAGAGCUGGAUUCCAAAGCUGAUGCUAUAUAUAAUAAAAAGGCUGAAAAUGGCCUGUUGCCUGAAGAGAUUGGAAAACUUGAAGAUAAAUUAGAGUGUGCCAAUAAUGCUCUGCAAGCUGACUGGGAUAGAUGGAAGCAAAGCCUGCGUCUUGAUAUGAGAUCAGCAUUUAGCAGUGUGGCAGAAAAUAGUCUCCAUUAUUAUGAACAGUGCCUUGCUACCUGGGAGUCCUUCUUGACAUCUCAAAGUGCUGCAGACAUUACCUUGGAAGAAGAAUCUGAAGAUCAGUCUUGAUUGUUCAUCCUCCGCUGAAAUGUUCUUCAUCAAAGAAUUGCUUUAUAUAUGAGAUGAAAUUCAUUUAUUCUAUAUAACUAUUAAGAUUCAACAAUGGGAGAGUAAGCUUACUAAAGUCUCAGGUAUUCUAUUAUCCUAGACUUUAUUUGAAUCAUGGUUUGUGUGUUUUUGGGGGGGAGUGAGACCCAGUUCAGAUGUAACAGUAACCAAAUUUAAUGCUGUGGGGACAAGUUUAAUACUUCAUCUCAUGCCUUCCUACCUUCCUUCCUUCUAAGUAUAAUUAGAAGAUUAGAAAUUUUCCCUUCAGUUUUAGAUUAUGGUUUGGGUUUAAUAUUAAGCUAUAGUUAAACUGGUUAACCAGUUUCUGAGACAGUGAUUCAAAGUUAAGUUGUUCCAGUGAAAUAUAUUUAGGUUUACUUGAGUUUAUUCACAAUAAACUCAGAAGAAGCAAUGUGAGAGAGACAUUAUGUUCUUUCUUGUAACAUUAAACUAUGGUUGUAACACCUUACAACUAUGAUCGUAGCACUAAACUAUGGGUUGUAACACUUUCUUGUAAUACUAAACAAUGGUUAUAUCCAAACUGGGCCACUGGGGUGAGAAUAUGAUUGCCAGCAUUUUUCUGGAGAUAAUUCUUUUUUUUAAUACUGCGUAAUUUGAAUAUAAGAUAUUUUAAAUAUGCAUUUUAAUAAUAAAAAGUUUAAUAGGAA